AUUCGCACUGUUUACCUGCGAAUUUGCGGCAAUAAUCUACAUCUAAUAUAUAUAAUAUUAAUCAUCUUACUAUAAAAAUAAAACGUAUUUCAAUGAAGCUUUUGAAACCUAUUUGGGUCAAUCACGAUGACAAACCAAUAUUUUCUGUGGAUAUUCAUCCAGCGGGGAAGCGAUUUGCUACAGGGGGUCAGGGUCUCGACUCAGGCCGGGUUGUCGUGUGGAACUUGAAUUCAGUGUUGUUUGAAGAAGUAGAAGUAGAUCCUAAUGUUCCUAAAAUGCUUUGUCAAAUGGACAAUCAUUUAGCCUGUGUUAACUGUGUACGAUGGAGUAAUGGUGGCAGAUACUUAGCAUCAGGUGGAGAUGAUAGACUUAUCAUGGUAUGGGGACUCAGUGUAGCUGUAGGAGCUGGAAAGCAUAAAGCAGAGACUUGGAGAUGUUUAGCAACAUUGAGAGGGCAUGCAGGUGAUGUAUUAGAUCUGGCAUGGUCACCAUUAGACAAAUGGCUCGCUAGUUGCAGUGUUGAUAACACUAUAAUCAUAUGGAAUGCUGAAAAAUUUCCUGAAAUGGUCUGUGUUCUAACUGGUCACACUGGACUUGUAAAAGGAGUUGCCUGGGACCCUGUGGGCAAAUAUUUGGCAUCACAGUCAGAUGACAAAUCGCUGCGUGUUUGGAAAACAGUUGAUUGGUCUCAAGAAACUGUAAUUACUGAACCAUUUGAUGAGUGUGGCGGUACAACUCAUGUGCUUCGACUAUCAUGGUCACCAGAUGGUCAGUAUGUGUUAUCAGCACACGCUAUGAAUGGAGGUGGACCAACUGCUCAAGUGGUUGAGAGAGAGGGCUGGCGAUGUGAUAAGGACUUUGUUGGACAUCGGAAAGCUGUUACAUGUGCUCGUUUUAACAGCAAUAUAUUCGUUAAAGAGGGAAAGAAGUGUUGUUGUGCUGCUGUGGGAUCACGGGAUCGGGCUUUAUCAAUUUGGCUCACGUCUCUCAAGCGGCCUUUGGUUGUUGUACACGAUCUAUUCACUGACAGUGUGCUUGAUCUUUCCUGGAGUUCUGAUGGUUUAAAUUUACUCGCGUGCAGUUCUGAUGGUACUGUCGCGUGCAUACAGUUUACAAAUAAGGAAAUUGGUACCCCACUAACACUUGAAGAAAAGAAUUCGCUAUACGAGAAAAUCUACGGAAAAUGUCCUGCGAAUGAGUCCGGCGGUGACCUGUCUUCCAAUCUCUUGGUUGAGUGUCCAGAAAUUCUACUCGCUCGGGAGAAGCAAGAGGCCAAAAAGGAAACUCCUAAAGAGGAAACUACUCCUAAGAAUGACAAAUCACAGCAAAAACCAAUAUACACGCCUUCCCCGAUGUCAACCCAAUCAAGUCCGGCGCCUCUACGUCCAAUGGACCGGCAGAUAGAGACGCGAACGUCGGAUGGCAAACGACGUAUCACACCUGUAUUCAUCCCGCUCACACAGGCGGACGCCAAUGAGUCACUUGGUUCAAUACCUGGCGGAAAUGAAAAUUGCUUCAGUACAUCGUCGCAGAGCAAGUCACGCAUCAUAGUAGAGAGAAGAGAUGACAUCAUCAUACAUCCAAAUGUCAGUAACCACGCGCUCAGCAGAAGUAAUGAUAACGGAUUGGACCAACGUCUCAGAAAGCGUACGACAUCGACCCUCCCAGGACCGAAAGCUGAAGAUCUACAAGCCAAGAGAUCGUGCACGUCUCCGACGGAGCAGGUUUCGUCCCGUGGGGUAUACUUGGGACCGUCGCUGCCCGUCCCAGCUUUGGGGACGGCUGGGCCAAUUGUGAGAGCCGCUGGAUUGUUGAGAUUGCAAGUGGUGAAUAAAGCAUACAACACUCCAUAUGGCAAAUUGUCUCGGCUUGAGUUAAUACCAAACAAUUCUGCAUCAAACGAUCCGGUAUGGGACGCUUGCUUAGGUUCACCCGUAUCGUGUAUAUCCUGCGACGCCCGUUGGCUGUGCGUAUCUUGUACGGAUGGAUCGUUACACGUGUGGAGAAACGCCAAACCGAAGCCCUACAGGGCUUUGCCCCCACUCGCUUUACCAUCUCCGGCGCACAAAUUGUCCUUAAACGGGGACACCUUAUCAGUGGUGACGUCAUCAGCUGAAUUGACCAUGUGGGACCUUAACAAUGCAACCUGUUCCCUUCGGUCACUGUCUUUCAGGAAUUUACUUUCAAAUAACGCUUCCGUCACAAACUGUACGUUGGUGGACGGAAACCCCAUGAUAUCAUUGAAUACUGGCAAAAGUUAUAUUUACUGCAAGAAAUUGUGGGCUUGGGUACUAUGGACAGAUGGGGGUGAUCCGGUGAGACGUGCGGGAGGUGGAGCCGGUAGCAGCAGAAGACCACGAGUUUCCUCUCCUUUACAGCAUUCUGCUACACAGGGUAAAUACAACGCGUGCGCUGCUCGUAGCUGGUUAGAGUCACAGGUGUCUGUAUGUUUGCAUCUUCGUUUGGCUAGGGACUAUCGGCAUUGGAUCAACGCACUGUUUACGCAUCUGAUAGGUCAUGGCACUGAAGAUCAACUUAGAACCAUUUUAGAUGAUCUAUUGGGACCUAGUCAUUGUAUUUCGCAGCCUUCCAAGUGGGAAUCCAAUAUAUUGGGAAUCAAAAAACAUGAGUUAUUAGAAGAAUUAUUGGCUCUUCUCGUGAGGCAACUGCGCUGGCAGAGGCUGUACACUGAAUACGCGGAUCAGUUGAACGAACUCAAACAAAAAACACCUUUACUCAAUGGACACACGUAACAUUGAGGUUAGACUGAAAAAAUAACCAUUAAAAAUCCCGUAUUCCAAAUUCUUCAAGGUGUCUUUAAAGGUUCGAACAGUUAACCUUGAUGACGGGAAUUAAAAAUAUGUACCUUCCAUUUUUUAAGUCACUUCCAGUAUAAUGCUUCCAUACGGUUGUGAAUGAACUCCUGCACCGCUUAGUUUUCAUGAAUUUUAUGUGUUUAUGAAUUACAGCGGUACUCAAUAUAAUCUUACUAUAUCUUAGAACGUUACAACUUAAUGAUUGUUUAAAUAACUUUUAAUGCAUGAAUUAGUAGGAAUGUGCCGAUGCGAAUGGUCCAUUUUAUCUCGUUAAUUAAGUUUCAAUUGUUUGGUGAAUUUAAUAAAAUAAUAAACAGUAUUAUCCAAUAUUUUCUUGCGUUCGAAAUGUUAGUCAUAUAAUGCAUAUAAAUUAUAUGUAUAUUGAAUUUAGAUUACUUUUGAAAUUUCUCUUUGCUGUGAUUUAUAAUAAGAAUAUUAUAAGGCGUUUUAUAAAAGGUUCGUAUCUAAUAUUGAGGUUAAGUAUUAGGGUUUUGAUUUUAUACUAUGCAUGCGAAAAUAAAAUCGUUUGGUUAGAUAAACUUGCUUGAAUAACGAAUACGUUACGUUCUUACGUUAGUAAUAACUGAAUAAUAUAAGUCUCGGUAUCAUAAAAUGAGAAAGCGAAGGAAAAACUUAAAUAUUUCUCAGUAUCAAAUGACUGGUCAAGUUAUUUGAUGAGAAUUAUACAAUAUCAGUUCCAAUUAGUGUUUUUUUUUGAUGAAAAUAGUUCGAAUUUUCUUUAUCGUUUACGAUUCCUAUUAACGACUAGUAUUAUAUAGAAACAGGGCGUUAGAUAAACUAGUAUAUAAGUCGUGAUGCCCCAAUUAGAUUAUUCUCAUUUGAAAGGUUGUGUAUUGUUAAAUUGUAUUCUUUCUACAAUUUAAGUCAUUUAUAGAAAUCGACGAUAUUGUUUCGUAAAAUAUUUUAAGAAUUUUUAUCAUUACAGGUUCAUUUACGUGCAUAUUUGUUAGAUGAAUCAAUUUACUGCCAUUCUACGUAAUAAUUAGCAUUUUCUUCAAUGUUUCA